CAGUUCUACGUCCCUUCUAGUGUACCGGUUUGUUUCAUGAUUUCGUAAUAAACAGCACGGUGGCGCUGUCUACUUCUGCCUUUCUACGUUCUUAUUCGCUGUACCCGUGAAAACAUUAAGUAGCUACCCUUCAGUUGCGUCUUUUUUAGAACACCGUUGAAGUCGCAGUCGUUAAAUCCAUACCUGGCUAACAUAGGCUAACAUUAGCCAACACCUAGACGACUUUUUGUUUUGUUUUUUUUGUAUCUCGCUAGAAUGGUCGAGGAGGCUAACUUAAAGUCGAGCGGCAAAAGCACAAAUAGUGACCAUUGUGAAACCGUCGACAAUGCCUUAAAAUACUUUACAUUAGAGGAGAUAAGAGUACACAACAUGAUCAAUGACACAUGGCUGGUAAUCCACGAUAAGGUAUACGACAUCUCGAGUUUCGUAGAAGAGCAUCCAGGGGGUGAGGAGGUUCUGCUGGAGCAGGGGGGUGCUGAUGCAACAGAGAGCUUUGAGGAUGUAGGCCAUUCCUUGGAUGCCAGAGAGAUGCUCCAACAGUACUACAUUGGAGAGCUGCACCUGGCUGACAGAAAAAAGGAAAAAAAGAAUGUAGAAGCUUCCAGUUCACAGGAAUCUAGCUCUUGGACCUUUUGGUUGAUACCUGCCGUCAUUGCUGUCACUCUCGGGAUCCUGUACCGUUACUUCACCCUUGAAAACAAGUCAUCUUGAGUGAUGCUGUCCUAAAAUGAUCAUAUUUUUGUCAUCAGGAGGCCUUCAUUUUUUUUUUUCGACCAAAACCCUUUUUCACACCAAACACUUGACAAAGUUUCUCUGGGUACCAGUUUGUCUGCCUUUCACUGUUUUCAUGUUGUUGUCAUGACUUUCCAUGCCUUUUUCACACCUCAAACAUGAUGGAUGCACUAAAUGGCGUGUUAGGAUGUGGCUGGAUGGCCUCUGGUGCUUUUUGUAGAGAUAAUAAAUUAAGAUUCUGUGUCCAAAAUUUGCUUCCAAAAUCUCAACCAAAUCAGAAGUUCUUUUCAUUAUUGCCUUGUGCUUAGCUAUCCAUCCAUCAAAUCCUCUAUUUCCCCUUUUUUUUACAAAUUUGAAAUUCUGUUUCAUACAUGGAGCUUUUUUUUAAAAAAAAACAACUUGAAACCAUAUGUAGACGAAAUGACAUCUCGGUCCACUUGCAUUCCAACAAAACAGCAGCGAGAAAACCCUUAGAAUUAAAUGCUGUGUAUUAUGAAUCUGAUAGAUUUUUUUUCUCUACAUGUUUCAUUAAUAGGAGAGUUUACUGUCAUAGAUUUUGCAUUAAGUUGUGUUGUAACUGUUCUGUGGGUUUCAUGCCAGGUAGCUUGCCAGAUACUGACUUCCAUAGAUGUGUCUAGGUCUCCAACACAAAAAUGUUGUUUUAAGUUUCAGCAUAAAACUUUUGAUAUACUAUUGUAAACAAAUAAGGAAUACAUUCAGCAUUGAGUUGCUUUUCUACCUGUUGCACACAGGUUUUGAUAGGACAUGGCUGCCGUUGGAUCACAUUAUUUUAAGUACUUUUAACGUCCAAUGUGUGUUCAUUGAAAUAAAGGAAACAUCACCCAUGAUUUACAUUGUAAUGAUAAAAAUGAGGAACAACUGAAAAACAAUACAAUAUGUCUGUACCUUUGUAUGGUAUCUUUGUAUUCAGUACAAUAUGUGAUGCAUUUUGGGGAGAUAAAAAGUUCAAGAAGUAAAUCUUGUAUUUUCCUAAUGGAAUAAAUAAAAGUUUUAAAAAGUU